AUGGAACUCAACCGAGAACAUUUUUGCGCCAUAAUUUUUUACAACUUUCAGAGACAAUUAUCGCAACAAGAAUGCCUUGCUGAGUUAAUGUCUGUUUUCGGCAACGAAGCGCCACAUCAGUCGACAAUUUCCCGUUCGUAUGGAGAAUUCAAACGUGGACGGGUGAGUCUUAGCGACGAUUCCAGGGUGGAUGCACCAAAAACGGUAUUCACCCAGGAAAACCUCGAUGCUGUGCGCAAACUCAUCAUUGAAGAUAGACAUGUGACAUAUCGCGAGAUUGAGGCGUCCUUGAAGAUCUCAAAGACCUCAAUUCAAAAAAAUGUACAUGAAGAAUUAUUAGUAAGAGAAUUAGUUUCUCGUUGGAUACCCCACCUGGUGACUGAACAACAGAAAGCAGUCAGAGUUAAUUGGUGUCGAAAAACGCUUGACGUUUUCAAUUCCAGAAACUCAAAAAAUGUGCACAGCAUUGUUAGUGGUGAUGAAUCGUGGAUUUACUGUUAUGAACCAGAAAAUAAACGGCAGUCGGCUCCAACAAAAGUCAUCCGUUCUCGAAGUAUUUCGAAAAAGAUGCAAAGAACUGUUACUGCGGAUUGGCAUACCACCAUUUGUUUGCCAAAAGUCAUCACCGACCUUCGAAAAAUCAACCCCGAAAGACGAAUCAUCCUCCAUCAAGACAAUUUAAGCUCGCACAUAGUCCAAAAAACAGUUUUAACGGAAGAAAACGUGGAAUUAUUGUACCAUCCUCCAUAUAGUCCCGAUCUAAGUCCUAACUAUUUCUUUACUUUCCCGAAAAUUAAAAACAGACUGCGUGGUCAAAGCUUCCAGUCAAUAGAAGAAGCAGUUGACGCAUUCAAAAAUGCCGUUUUACAUCUGCCAGCAAACGAGUGGAAUGACCCAUGA